AUGGACAAUGCAAGAAUGAGCUCCUUCCUGGAAUACCCCAUCCUCAGCGGAGGCGACUCGGGGACCUGCUCUGCGCGAGCCUACCCCGCGGACCAUGGGAUUACAACUUUCCAGUCGUGCGCGGUCAGUGCCAACAGCUGCGGCGGCGACGACCGCUUCCUAGUGGGCAGGGGGGUGCAGAUCAGUCCACCCCACCACCACCACCACCACCACCACCCCCAGCCGGCCAGCUACCAGAGUCCUGGGAACCUGGGAGUGUCCUACUCCCAUUCGAGUUGUGGCACGAGCUACGGCGCGCCAAACUUCGGCGCACCGUACAGCCCCUAUGCGUUAACCCAGGAAGCAGAUGUAAGUGGUGGGUACCCCCCGUGUGCGCCCGCUGUUUACUCUGGAAACCUCUCAUCUCCCAUGGUCCAGCAUCACCACCACCACCAGGGUUAUGCUGGGGGCGCGGUGGGCUCGCCUCAGUACAUUCACCACUCAUACGGACAAGAGCACCAGAGCCUGGCCUUGGCCACCUAUAAUAACUCCCUGUCCCCUCUCCACGCCAGCCACCAAGAAGCCGGUCGCUCCCCUGCGUCGGAGACAUCCUCUCCUGCGCAGACCUUUGACUGGAUGAAAGUCAAAAGAAACCCUCCCAAAACAGGGAAAGUUGGCGAGUACGGCUACGUGGGCCAGCCCAAUGCGGUGCGCACCAAUUUCACCACGAAGCAGCUCACGGAGCUGGAGAAGGAAUUCCACUUCAACAAGUACCUGACGCGCGCCCGGAGGGUGGAGAUCGCCGCGUCCUUGCAGCUCAACGAGACCCAAGUGAAGAUCUGGUUCCAGAACCGUCGAAUGAAGCAGAAGAAACGGGAGAAGGAGGGCCUCUUGCCCAUCUCUCCCGCCACCCCGCCGGGAAGCGAGGAGAAGGCUGAGGAAUCCUCGGAGAAGUCCGGCUCCUCGCCCUGCGUUCCCUCCCCAGGGUCUUCUACCUCAGACACUCUGCCUACCUCCCACUGA